AUGCAUUACGUCAAGCGGUUAAUCAACCAGGGCCUCGAAAAAUUGAAAGACAAAAAAAGUCCAUUUCUUAAUGUGGGCCGGGAAUUGACAGACAUGUUAGAUCCUAAAGCCUAUACAGAUAUACACACAACCCUUCAUCUCCCAAAUUGGACAACAAACUCAUCACUUUCAGCGACCAGAUUACCAGAAUAUUAUCUCACGUAA